UUCCCUCUCGUUAUUCAAGAUGGAGGACCAGACGAAGGUUGAUAUUGUAAGUGAGUUCAAUCUUCUUCCUGUUGUCUUUGACAUUAUUCACUCUGUACAAAAGACUGGAGAUACACAGGAUAUGGCUAAAAAGGUGAACAACUUUAGAGCGAAGAUUCAGCAUUGCAGAAAACUUUUAGAUACUUUACCUGGAUUAGAUAUGAAUUGCGAAGACCAAAAAGCACAGUUAGUAAAGCACAAUAAAGAAUACGAACGGAAAAGUGCCCUGGUAGCAAAAUACAARCAGUUGCCAGUAUUCUCAGAAGCAAUAGCAAAAGAAAUGAUCCUCUGACCAAAAUGCAGUGAAUGAUUGACUGAAUGUUCAAGUUAGUGGAYUGUAGUGCAUCAGUCGCACAGAAGUCAUGGCAGUAAAUGAUUGCCCGUCUUUCAUGCAUCGUCUGUCAUCUCUUGGGCAGGAGUCUCUUUUUUCGAAUUGUCACACUGGACAGUUGGACAAUGCAAUCACAUAUUGAGUGGUUUUCAUAAACCUUACAAAAUGAUGAAAAUGGCCCUAAUUAUUUUUUAUUGGYAGUACAACCACACUCCUUUUUACUGUUCUGAAACACUUAAAAUAUAUUUGUGGCAAUGAUGAUAGCCUGGCAGGUCAACAAGAGAUGUACAUGUAUUGAAAGAUAAAAUAACAAGAUUAUAUUUUGUCCUCUCUUUAAUCAAUUAAAUAGAAUGUACAUUAUGAUAUUAAUGUCUUAAUAAAAUUGUGAUAUUAUAUUGGUAUUAA